UUGCAUUUACAUACAAUUUGUUUGCCAGUAAAUGUGUGUGCACUUGAAUAUACGUUUCAAGAUCAAUUCACAUUGAAAGAAAUUACUUUGCCACAAUCUCUCACUUCAAUUGAUUAUUACUGUUUUAGUGGAUGCAUUUCCCUUGAAAACGUGAAGCUCCCAGAUCAUCUAAAAAUCAUAGGUGUACACGCUUUUUCAGCGUGUGGGUUGACAUAUAUAGACAUCCCAAACAGUGUGACUUCUGUUGGAGAUUUUGCUUUUGCCAAUUGUUUAAAACUAAAAAGUGUAAUUUUUCCAGAAAGUGUAUUAGAAGGUCGAGAUGUGUUUUUUAAUUGUCGGACAUUGUCGUCAGUUCAAGUCAUUAAAACUGGUCGAGUUAACAUUAACUGGAAAUGUACGUUUUCAAACUGUUGUCUUCUGAAAGAGUUUGAAAUGCCAAAUUUCGUGACUUCAAUUGGGAAUGAAGCAUUUGAACAAUGUUCUUCAUUAUCAAAAAUAAUACUAGGAAAUCGUGUUGAAUGUCUCAAAGAUUUGUGUUUUGCAAAUUGCAUUAAUUUGGAGGAAAUUUCUUUGCCAAAAACAGUGACUUAUAUUGGAAAUUAUACAUUUUUGAAUUGUGUCAACUUGCAACGGAUUUAUCUACCUAAAAGUGUUCCAAAAUUAUCACCAAUAGCUUUUUUGAAUUGCGAAAAGUUACACGAAAUAUACUUAGAAGAAAAACAAGUGUAUGAAAUUGACUUUCCAGUCUCGUUUGGUGUAUUUCAGAAGUUUUUGAAGAAUGGGGUUCAAUGCAAAAAUAUAUAUUUUGUGGAUACUGAUUUUGAAAAAUACUCGAGAAUUGUCAUAGAAAAUAACCAGAAAAUAUGCGAAAUACCGGAGGGUGUAAAUUAUUUAUCAAAACAAUGUUUACGAAAAUAUCAUGGAUAUGAUAUCAUUCAUUUUCCUCAAAGUUUAAAAAGAGUUGAAAAUUUAUCAAGCGAGUUUGGAUUCAUGGUUUAUCCUUAA